UACUAUGCCCGUAAACGCUUGAUCUUCCAAGACAAGAACAAGUACAACACACCCAAAUAUCGUUUGAUUGUACGUUUGUCCAACAAGGACAUCACCGUACAAAUUGCCUUCUCCCGCAUUGAAGGUGAUCGCAUUGUAUGCGCUGCCUACUCCCAUGAAUUGCCCAAAUACGGUGUUAAGGUUGGUUUGACCAACUACGCUGCCGCUUACUGUACCGGUUUGUUGGUUGCCCGCCGUAUCUUGAACAAAUUGGGCUUGGACUCUUUGUAUAGUGGUUGCACUGAAGUCACCGGUGAAGAAUACAACGUUGAACCCGUCAAUGACGGUCCCGGUGCUUUCCGUUGUUAUUUGGAUGUUGGUUUGGCUCGUACCACCACUGGUGCCCGUGUCUUCGGUGCCAUGAAGGGUGCUGUUGAUGGUGGUUUGAACAUCCCUCACUCCGUCAAGCGUUUCCCCGGUUACUCCGCUGAAACUAAGAGCUUCAAUGCUGAUGUUCACCGUGCCCAUAUCUUCGGUCAACAUGUUGCCGAUUACAUGCGCACCUUGGAGGAGGAUGAUGAAGAAAGCUUCAAACGCCAAUUCAGCCGUUACAUCAAGUUGGGAAUCCGUGCUGAUGAUCUUGAAGAAAUCUACAAAAAAGCCCACCAAUCUAUUCGUGCCGAUCCUACCCACAAGAAGGUAGCUAAGAGCGGUAUCUCUAAGAAGAGGUGGAAUGCUAAGAAACUCACAAAUGAGCAACGUAAAACUAAGGUGGCCGAACACAAGGCCGCUUUUGUUGCUAAACUUCAAGCUGAAGCUGAUGCUUAAGUCAUCUUUUGAAGUUAAUUGUGUAACAACAACAACAAGUAAAACCAUUUAUUGCUGCUAUCUAAUAAUGAAGAUGGUUGAAAAAGAAUUACUAUUAUUUUAUUAUAAAAAUAAUAUAAACUUUAAAAAUAAUUAUAU